AUGCUAGGACCAAUAACUGUACCCCCUCUAUCGUCAUACUCUGGCAUUCGCCCAAUGCAACAACUCUCUCCAAACAGCCGCUUCACUGCCCCAGCUAUCACAAACGACUCCCUUGAGGAGAACAUUUCCGCUAAAUACGCUACGCUGCUCCCAUCGCUCCAUCACUCGACGGCAUCAUUGGAGGACGACCUGAAGUGCAAACUAAACACCACUGCGCUCAAAUUCUUGAUAUCCAAGCCCGAGGGAGAAGUGUACGAUUCGUCGUACAGCUCCGCGUACAACUCAGAAAGCAGCGACUCCAUCUCGCUACCGGGCGGCUCGAGCACGAGUUCCACACCUUUACAACAGACCAACACAACGAACACAUAUUCUUUAUACCCUUUCCCGGCCCCCAAUGUGGAACGCACACCAAGAACGCUGAGUUACAACUCGCCCAACAGAAUCGAAAAACUGGAUACAUCCCAAGUGACGUUCCUCUCACUGAAGGGUUCUAAACCAUUGGCGAGGAACUCCAGGGAGGAUCUGAGCGCGACGCUGGAGCAGAGGCGGAAGUAUCUGUGCACGACGUGCACGAAGGGGUUCACGACGUCGGGCCACCUCGCGAGACACAAGCGGAUCCACACGGGGGAGAAGAACCACCUGUGUCCCUUCGAAGGUUGCAAACAGAGAUUCAGCCGGCAAGAUAACUGUCUGCAACACUACAGGACGCAUUUCAAGAAUUUUACAUUCACAAAUUUGGCGAACAAAAAGGGUACCUGCAUAUAG